AUGAUAUCCGUGUGCAUCGCGACUAUUACAGGCUGCCAGAAGCCACAACUGGCUAAGAUAUCUAAAUUACUGCUAGCUAUGGAAAAGGGCUGUCUUCCUGAUCUUCAGGGAAAGUCCCUUGGCGACAUUGAGCUUGAAGAUGAGAUCAGUGUAAAUGAUUCUGAAGACAGUGGUCCCGAUGAAAGUGAUGUUGAUGAUGAUGUCCCUGCUGCUGCCUCCAGUCGUGAUGUUUCUGCUGCUGCCUCCAGUCGUGUUGUUUCUGCUGCUGGCUCCAGUCGUGAUGUUUCUGCUGCUGGCUCCAGUCGUGAUGUUUCUGCUGCUGGCUCCAGUCGUGUUGUUUCUGCUGCUGCCUCCAGUCGUGUUGCUUCUGCUGCUGGCUCCAGUCGUGUUGCUUCUGCUGCUGCCUCCAGUCGUGUUGUUUCUGCUGCUGCCUCCAGUCAUGCUGCAGAUAUGCAGAUGCCCAUUGGAACGGCUGCUGAAGUUUGUCCAGAGAGUGAGACUGAAAUUGGGAACCCACGGAAAGGUCAAAAAGUGUGCUGGUCAACCUCUGAGGUUACGGCUGUGAUGAAACACUUCAAAUCACCCAUAACUAAAGGAAAACUGGCCACAUUGACUGAAUGCCAGCAGUGUAAGACUGCUGAGGAUCCCAUUUUGGCAAGGCGCACUGCACAAAACAUUCGAGAUUUCGUACGAAAUCGCGGCAUUAGUUUGAAAAGAAAAACCCAAAUUAAGUGAUCGAUCCUUGUUAGUCGAUCAGUAUGCCAAUUAUUUGAAAGUGUAUUCUUGAUUUCUUUGUUCCUUUUCUUGACAGCUUCUAGAGUUUAUCUUCGUGAUAGUUCACCCAAAAGGGGAAAAUCUGUCAUUUACUCACCCUGUUGUCAUUUACCCUGUAUGGCUUCCUUUCUUCUGGAGAAGGCAAAGGAAGAUAUUUAGAAGAAUAUUUAAACACUUGUUGACUUGCAUUGGUUUUGUGUUCAUUCAAUAGAGGUAAAGAGAUUCAUUUUCCAUUUUUUCUUCAGUUACUAACAUUCUACAGAAUAUAUUCCUUUGUGUUCUGCAGAAGAAAGUCUGACAUACAGAGUUAAAAUGGUGACAAAAUUUCCAUUUUUGGGUGAACUGUCCUUUUACAGUUUUUUGAAACUAUGGUGAAUUUACGUUUAGUGAGGGCAUUUAUGUUUCAGUGCUUUGUCAUCUUCUCAGCGUGCCUUGUUUUCAGUGGGCUAUUUUGUUUAGAUUACAGUUUACUCUAUAUGGCUUUUGUUGCAACCUUCAGGCGGUUACUGGGCCCUAACACUUUUCAAUGUUCAAAUACUUUACAAGUAAAAAUAUGUUAUAUGUGCAUUUUUACUCAGUAAAUUGGCACAUCAUGCUUAAAGGGAUAGUUCACCCAAAAAUGAAAAUUCUGUCAUAAUUAUCCUUGGUUACAAACAUUUCUCAAAACAUCUUCAUUUUGUGUUCUAAAGAAAAAAGAAAUUAAUACAGGUUUGUAACAUAAUGAGAGUGAGAUAAUUAUGACAGAAUUUUCAUUUUUGGGUGAACUAUCCCUUUAAAUCUCUUGGUUUACCAGUUUGUAUGGUAAUGUGCUAUUAAAACACUUUUGUCCUUAAAAUGUUGUUUGGUCUUUCAUUGUGUAUUGUAUGGGUGAUCCAGUUCUCUCAAUUCACCUUAGUCUUGAUUAUACACAGUAGUGAUGGGAAGAUUCCCUGAUGUGCUUGGUGCAUUGUGCAAAAUGUGUUGUUCCAAUAAUAACACAGAUAUGUGUCUAGUUAGGGACAACACAUUAAGUGUUUUAUAUACUGUUUUAAGAGUGUACCAUAUUAAAUUGCAAAGCUUAUACCACAGGUCUGUUGAAUGCUGUAUUCUGAUUGGCUGAGAAAUGUUCCGUGGGUAUGCAUUAAUUUCUGAUAACCGCACACCUAACUUGUCAAAUGUCUUAAUAGGGACCAGAGCAAUGUUUGUGGUAACCGUGGUAUAAGAGGAAUAACUGACUCCGGUACUUUGAAUUAUUUGAAAAUAAUGUCACCUGGGUGUGCAUUAUUUUCUUAUAAUUCAAUAGCCCGUCGUCAAUUAUUCCUUACAUAUAUUAUAUAUUUUAAAUGUAUCGCAUCGUAGGCUAUGCAUCGAGAUGCGUAUCACAUCAGACUUAGUUUUGGAAAUGCACAUCCCUAUUACACAGUGUUGUCAUGUUUGUGUGAUGUAUACACACGUGCCAGUAAAACACAUUUGUCCUUAUAAAGUUGCCAAAUCUUUUAUUGUGUAUAGUAUAUGUGAUCGAGUUCUCUUUAAUCACAUUGGUCUUCACAAUACACAGUUAUCACACGUGUGUGUUGUGUAUGGUAACGUACCAGUAAAACACAUUUGUCCUUAUAAAGUUGCCAAAUCUUUUAUUGUGUAUAGUAUAUGUGAUCGAGUUCUCUUUAAUCACAUUGGUCUUCACAAUACACAGUUAUCACACGUGUGUGUUGUGUAUGGUAACGUGCCAGUAAAACACAUUUGUCCUUAUAAUGUUGCCAAAUCUUUUAUUGUGUAUAGUAUAUGUGAUCGAGUUCUCUUUAAUCACAUUGGUCUUCACAAUACACAGUUAUCACACGUGUGUGUUGUGUAUGGUAACGUACCAGUAACUUUUUGGAGGGGGCGGGAAUGGCCUUCUGUACCACCAAAAUAUCAUGUUGUUAUAUUAUCAGUUCUGUUGUGUGUAUAAUAAAUUUGAGGCCAGAUAUGUCUUCUGCAGAUCAAAAUAAUUUUUUUGAUAUUGUUAAC